UCUUCACCUCCCCACUAGCCUCUCUCAACCAUGCGCGUCUCCCUUCUCGCCGCGUACAUUUUCGCAUCUGCGCUGGUCGCUGCUGCGCCAGUCGCAGCCAACGCCGCCGACGCCGCUGCCAUCACGCACGUGUCGCCAGAUAAGGCCGACCAUCCUAUCGUGGACGACGAGCCCACGGUUGGGGACAAGCCUAAGCCCAAGCCCAAGGCCGCCCCCGUCCCCGCCGCCCCCAUCCUCACUCCGGACACGGACGCGCAGACCCCCCUCCUCCUCCCCCUCCGCUGGACAACCGAGUUUCCCGAAGCGAUCAAGGCUGGCUCAUAUCUCAACCUUGCCUGGGAAGGCGGAAGCCCCGAGUACGGCUUUGAGGUCUACUACAUCCCCCGAUGGCCGAUGCAGCGCGUGUACGACCUCGUGCCGAUCGAGAACACGACCUCGCGCCACGCCAUCUGGAGCGUGCCGCAGUACGACGACUUCCCGGAGGGCACGACGUUCAUCUUCGGUGUCAAGGACGCGACCGGCGGCCCCGGCGGUAACUGGUACGACCUCACCGCGCCGCUGCCGCUCGUGUACAGCGCGCCGGACGCGCGCGGCUUUGAGGCCGCCAUCAAGGCCAAGCGCGCUUGAGUUUCACGGACACUGUAACACCUCGCGCGGGCGCGACAUAGAUAGAUACGGCUGUAUUUGUAGCAUAUGGACAGACUGGGUAUUUUGCG